UAAUCCUUAUUUUAUUGAAAAAUAUGGAAAGCAAAACACUUGAAGAUGAGAUUCUGAUUCCUCUACAGGAGGAAUGUUCUAAGGAGUACAUCUCUCAUCACAAAAGUAUUCCAAAUAUUACAAUAGACGAGCUGAAUCCGAUUCAGAAGUAUCAUCUCAAUAAAAGAUUUCUAACAGCACAAGGGUUUUUAGCUGAUAUCGUUGAGUACCUUGACCAUGUGAUGAAUUUCACCGAUACAAAAGAUACGCUAUUAUUCCUGCUGCUAGCCUCUUUUAUCCUUUACACGAUUCAGUAUUUCUUCGUGUAUUUUCCGCUACUUCUCAUCUUAAAAGUUUUGCAUAAUUCAACGAAAAGGGAGAAAUAUAAAGAAAGAGAGCUCGACAUGAAGCGCAGCUACUGCAUAAUCCAGAGAGUCAUGAAAGACACCUGAGAGCUGGUUGAGUUCUACGAUCUUUUCAUGAAGGACUACAUGAAUUGGGGUGACAGGAGUAAAACGAUCUUGCUAAUAACUGAGCUUGUCAAGCUCUCAAUUACUGGAGUUUCAUUUAUUUUCAUCCCGUUCAACAUCCUGCUCAUUCUGAUCCUGUGGGUUAGGAUCCUUGAAAGAUCACAUUUCUUCUUCUGUCUCUUUGGAGUUGUCAAAGAAUUCAACAGGAAUCAGGCAGAGAAGUGGCUUGGGCCAAAGUUUCGGUAUGUUCUCGAUCCUCCUCUUGAAGGUCUCUUCGCAAAGCUCAGAAAAGAGAAGAAUGAGUUUGCUAAGGAAAGCUUCCUUCCAUUCGAGAUUAUCUCCCCACGGAAUGAAGAAGAGACCAAAGAGUCUGACUCCGAUGGUGAAAAGACACCUUUCCUGAAGAAGCUCUUCAAGAGGAGUACUAGGAAGGAGAAAAGGAACAAGAAAGCAUGUAACUAUUCACCCUCAGACGACUCCUUGUUCGCCAUUAAGGAUACUUCUAGGAAUUAUUUUGCGAAGGAGCUCUCAGACACUCCUAUAAAGGAUGUUAUUCGUAAGAAAUUUGACCAGUUCAAGAAGUUCACUGAAGACAUCUUCAGAGAGAAAAUUUCAGAUGAAGACGAGUCCAUUCAUGAUAUCAGAGAAGUUGUCAGCGAGGGGGAAAAUGAUAUCACAGAAGAGUUGAAGUUUGAGAGAGCCGUCAGUCGUCAUAUUGAACUACAGAGAAAACAUCCAAAGAAGAGGUUAGUCCAAAUCAAACAAAAGACAGCUGCAAUCUAUAAAGAAGUAGGAGAAGAAUUAGAUCAUGAUUCUUCAUUUGAGGUUGGUCUCAAAGAAGAUGAAUCAAACCUUUCCUCUCUUUUCAACCUAAACUCUCAGGUGAUCAAAGCUACUGGCUCAAAGUCCAUAAGCGCUUUAGAAAAGCCCCAAGGUGUACUCUUUAAAAUCCCCAAAAAGUAAGCCUACUUUCUAUAA